GGCAGUGCACCUAACGAUUCUUGUCCCUUUGAGACAUUGUUGUUAUAUCUCACCCGCUAGCUUUCCCCUCCACCUUCUCAUUCGUCGGAUCGUCAAACGACCCAAAACUUGCCAUUCCUGCCUCCCUCGCUCUCUUUUUUCUUUUCUCUCUUUCCAAUUUUACUGAUCAGAAUCUAAUCUCUAUCCAAUAUCGAUCGGCUUUUAUAAAUGUUGUAGCAAAUUUCGUUGCAAGAUUUAUUGAAAUAUCCGAUUAGGCUAGCUAGGGUUUCUUUUGUCCUUUUUUUUCUCUCUACAGAUAUUGUUUGUUGUCGCUAUUACUUUUUUUCCAUCUCUAAUUGUUAUUUUUUGAAUGGCUUCGAGUUUUGAUCGGUGGGAGAAGGAUCCCUUCUUCUCUGCGGCCGAGGAAGUUCAAGAAUCUGCGGACAGGAUGGAAUCUACAUAUAGAACUUGGAUUCACGCAAAGAAAGACUCUUCUGGCAUGUUCGAUUCUGAAGAACUCCGCGGGGAUCUUCAUACUGCCCUUGGCACUACCAAAUGGCAGUUAGAAGAGUUUGGACGGGCUGUCCAGUCAAGUUACGGUAAAAUUUCGAGUGAUGAUGCAAGAACCAGGCACCAUGAAUUUAUAAUUGCAAUAGAAGACCAGAUUUCGAAAAUUGAAAAUUCAUUACAGGAAUCCGCUCUUUCAGAGGGCAAGGCAUCAUUGCCUUGGGUGCAUUUAGACGAAGGAGAACGUGAUGAACUCGCAUUGUUUCUUUCGGGACCAUCAACACUUGAAGACAAAACUCCUGUUAAAUGUAAUCAAAUGGAUAUUGAAAGUGCACACAUGACAGAUAAAGAUUCAGCCCCUGAUUGUUUAAAGAACUCACGCCAUUCAGCUGAGUUGGGUUCCGUGGAGGCUAGGGAUGAUAAGUCACAUGGGCAUAGGAGGACAGCUAGUGCUAGUGCUGACAUCGGUGCUUGGAAGAUUGUCGUUCCUGACGAUGGAUACCAGCAGGAUUCUUUUAAUGGGCAGAUUGUGUUACCUGUACGGAAGAUCCCUAGUUUAUCAGGAUUCCUAGGUUCCAUGGAAUCUGUAUCAAAGGUGAAGUGGUCGAAGAAUGGUUUCAGGAAGUGGAAGGCGAUGGAUUGCCAACAAGUAUCUGAUACUGCAUUAUUGCGAUCUCCUCAGUUGUCUAGGGGCAUUAAUGCAUGCUAUGAAAGGAGUAAGAGUUGCCUGGAUAGUUGUGAUGAUUGUUAUGAUAAGCAACUUUAUGGCUGGUAUGGAGCUAUUCAGAGACAGCUUCAAAGGUCUCAGUACCAGAUGCAAUAUAGCCGGCCUGUUCAAGUGAUUUUUUGGAUUGUUAUACUCUUCUGCUUGAUUGUUUUAAUUGCAUUCCGUGCAGUGUAGAAGGAUCUAUGUUUGCACUUCAUCUGGCAUUUUGUGGAUGGUGGCAGCAUUUGGAUCAGUGGAGAUCUUGGGGAAAGGGAAUGCACAUUGUUUAGGCUGUCACUGGAUUUUGAUGAAAGGAAGGUCUUGUCAUUCUUUCCACGCAAUAUCACGUCUUAAACUUGUAAGUGCUGGGUGGUUACCUCAGAGUGAACACCUCGGGCAGCCCCUUCCCCACUCCUUUCUUUUUUUCUUUCCGUUUUUUCCUUCUUAAGUUUCUUUUCCAAUUUUGAUUUCUUUGAUGGAGGGUAAACUCCGUUGUAUCAUAAGAGGCAAGGCGAUGGCAAAAGAAAGUUGGCAUAGGGUUGUAAUUCAAAACAUGAUACUUGUAAAAAAAUAUAUAAUUAUUUUAGUGGAGUUGCAUUUGUAUUUCUAA